GUAGGAAAAAGAAGAAAAGCGGAAAAGAAGGGAAAAUGUGAAGGAAGCUUAGGAGGGUAGAGGAAAAGAGGGAAAUGCAUAAAAAUAAAAAAUAAAAAAUCAUAAUGUCUACUGCCGGAAGGGAGCAAAAUGCUCCCAACUUCCCUUGUUUCUUACGUUGUAAAUUAUAUUUCGUAUAAUGAGAAACCAAUAUUCCUACUCCGAGGAUAUAGACACAACUUGCCGAAUCUCGUUACUAUACAACAAACCUAUAACUACACAACAAUUCGAUCAAUCACCUUAAGUUCAACCAUACAUAUACCAAGAUUCAAGUUUUUAUAAACUUUCGUGAUGAAACUAACUGAACAUUACAAGUGCCACAUUAUUAUGUGGUUAUAUCAAGUUUUAAAUUUUGUCUCAUAAUCACAUCAUCUUUAGGAUAAUCAAUCUUGCAGUUGAAUAUAUAAACCUUUGAUAUGGUGAUAUUGGAAACACUAGUUGGUGGGCUGAUUGGUAGAAAUGGUUUCAACAAUUUAGGGACGAGAAAUGAGCAUUGAGCAACGAUCAAAAUAUGUUUCCUUUUAUCACAAAAGAUGUUUGCGCAAUUAGAAGUGCAUUUUAUCACAAAAAGAUGAGCAACGAUCAAUAUAAUUGUUAUUUAUUUAUAAAAUCACACAUAAAACAAGAAGUAAUCUUUUCUUUUUCUUUUCAUCUCUGCCACUAGCAACCGACCAUGACUUACAGAAACGCUUUAUGGGUCAACGGAUGGGAACGACCCAUUUUAUAAUUGUUUGCAAAUUUUUCUGGAAGUAGAUGGAAAGGACCCAAUUACAUAUUUCCCCUGCUCACGGACAUUUGCAUUGCACCUAGCAAACACCAGUUUUUUUGUUUGAACAUUGAUCCACAUCAAUGGCUCUUGUGAAAACAUCUCCAGGAACCUCCUCUGAUUCCAACACUUUUCAGGGUUAUAGCUACGACGUGUUCUUGAGCUUCAGAGGCGAAGAAACUCGCAAGACUUUUACCGACCACCUCUACACAGCCUUGAACAAUGCAGGAUUUCUUACGUUCCGAGACGACGAUGAACUUGAGAGAGGAGAAGAUAUAAAGCCAGGACUGCGGAAAGCGAUCCAGCAGUCACGAACUUCUGUUGUCGUGUUUUCGAAAGAUUACGCAUCAUCCAGUUGGUGUCUUGAUGAGCUUGUGCUGAUCCUUGAACGCAAGCGGACCACCUCGGACCAUGUAGUUUUACCAGUCUUCUACGAUGUCGAUCCGUCCCACGUGAGGAAGCAGACAGGAAGUGUUAGAAAAGCAUUUGCUAGAAGCCAGAAAAAUCAGUCACCGGAAAAGGUGGAGGGAUGGAGGAGGGCACUUGCAGAGAUUGCAGAUCUAGCAGGCAUGGUCUUACAAAAUCAAGCUGAUGGGUAUGAGUCAAAGUUUAUCAAAAAAAUUGUUAAAGUGAUAAGAGACAAGUUAAGUCGCAUGCCAUUGAGUGUUGAACCAAAAUUGAUUGGAAUUCAAUCUCAAGCGGAACACAUCAAUUUGUGGUUACAAGAUGGAUCAAGUAACGUUGGUAUAUUUGUUGUGUAUGGCAUGUCUGGAAUAGGGAAGACAACCAUUGCAAAACAUGUUUACAAUUCAAACUUUAGAAGCUUUCAAGGAAGUAGUUUCAUUGAAAAUAUCAAAGAAACAGAAGAUCGACCAAAUGGCUUAGUUCAUAUACAAAUGCAACUUCUUUGUGAUAUUUUGAACGACAGAGAAGUGAAAAUACACAGUGUUAGUGAGGGAUUAAUUAAGAUUGAAAGGGCCAUAAGCUUUAGAAGAGUUCUACUUGUUCUUGAUGAUCUUGACCAAAUGGACCAAUUAGAUGCAAUCCUAAGGAUGAAAGAUCAUUUUUAUCCGGGAAGUAAGAUACUAAUAACAACUAGGCGUGAAAGGUUGCUAAAGGUAGAUCAAGUUACAGAGUUGCACAGAGUUCAAACUUUGGAUUACAAUGAAUCAUUAAAGCUUUUCAGUUGGCAUGCUUUUGGCCAGGACAAUACCAUAGAAGAAUACAUGGAGCACUCAAAACAGCUAGUGCAACAUAGCGACGGACUUCCAUUAGCUCUAAAAGUUUUGGGUUCUUCUUUAUCAGGGCAAAGUAUAGGUGUAUGGGAAAGUGCAUUGGAGAAGCUAAAAGUUAUUCCUGAUGGUCAAAUCAUGAAUAAACUAAGAAUAAGCUAUGAAAGUUUAAAAGAUGACCAUGACCGGAAAUUAUUCCUCCACAUUGCUUGUUUCCUAAUAGGAAGGAACAAAAGUUACAUUGUUAGAAUAUUGGAUGAAUGUGAUUUCUAUACAACCAUUGGCAUUCAAAAUCUCAUUGAUAGAUGCUUGGUGACACUUGAUGAACACGGCAAGGUGAAAAUGCAUGACAUGAUUCGUGCUAUGGGAAGAGAAAUUGUUCGCCAAGAAUCAGAAGAGCCUGAGAAACGUAGUAGAUUAUGGCGCCAUAAGGAUUCUUUCCAAGUAUUGAGGAAAAAGAAUGGUACAAAAAAAAUCCAAGGUCUUGUCCUGGAUAUGCGUAACCAUCCUGCAAAUAGUCCAAUAAACACAAAUGAGAUAGUCUUGGAAACCAAUGCAUUUGCAAGGAUGUGCAAUUUACAACUACUCCAUCUUAGUCAUGUACGACUGGAUGGAUGUUAUGCAGAUUUCCCUACAGAAUUAAGAUGGUUGUGUUGGCUUGAAUUUCCUUUGGAUUCUAUACCAAUUGAUUUUCCUUUGGAGAACGUAAUUGUUCUUGAAAUGCAAUACAGUAGCUUGAGACAAGUAUGCAAAGGAACAAAAUUUCUUCCAUCGUUGAAGAUCCUUGACGUCAGCCAUUAUCAUGGCCUUAGUGAAACCAUUGACUUCUCACUUUUCCUCAAUCUAGAGGAACUGAUUCUUGUAGAUUGCACAAGCCUAAAGAAUGUUCAUGAAUCCAUUGGAAACCUGAAGAGACUAGUGUACUUGAAUAUGAAGGAUUGCAAGAAUCUUAGCAUGCUUCCAAAGAACAUGUGCAUGCUUAAAUCACUUGAAACGCUCAUUUUAUCUGGUUGCUCAAAUCUUGAUGAGUUUCCAGUAGAGAUGAUGAAGAAGAUGGAGUCUCUGAAAGUUCUUGAGACAGAUGGAAUUCCAAUAAGUGAAUUAUGGCCAGAAAGAAGUUCAGCUAUGUUGAGUUCUUUUCCAUGCUCUUUAGUAGAGUUAAGUUUGAAAGGGUGCAAUCUUUCUGAUGAUGUCCUUCCUAUGGAUUUAAGUAAUCUAUUCUACUUGCGAAGACUACAUUUAGAUAAGAAUCCAAUUUGCAAUUUGCCAGUUUUCAUCAAAGGUUUGAGAAGGAUCGAUGAACUCACUUUCGAGGGUUGUGAUAGGCUCGAAUCACUUGUGGGGUUGCCGGAAGUACACCAAUGGAUAAGUAUAGCCGGAUGCAUAUCAUUAAGAAAAAUAACGUUUCAUUCCCCUGAGAAAUGUUGUCCAAUAUGUGUGGGUGACAACUGGAAUCUUGUUGAGUGGGAGUGCUAUUACAAGUUAGAGCCCAUUGAUAGAGUUGAAGUGGAAAUUAUCAAACUUUUGGGCUUGUGCAACUUCGAAUCCAUGCCAGCUGUUCGAAUGCGUAAUCCACACACAUACAAGGAUCCAAAAGAAGUCCCCGUCCAGGGACUAUAUCAACGUGGUAUAUUCAGCACGUUUUUUGUUGGGAAUGAGGUUCCAGGCCGGUUCAGCUAUAAAAGUACCAAGUCCUCGAUAUCUUUUAUUGUCCCUUUACUACUUGCUAGUCACCGAAUUCGAGGCUUGAACAUCUUUGCUACCUAUGCAAAGGAAAAUUCAAAUAAUUAUUUUACUAUGCCUAGAAUUGCUCCAAUAAUGAUCAAAGUGAGAAACAAGAGCAAGGGUCUGAAGUGGAUCUAUAGCCCAGUAUUCUAUGGUAUCCCAGGUGACGGAGAAGAUAUGAUAUGGUUGAGCCAUUGGAAGAUGGAGAAUAAAACAAUAUUACAAUGUGGAGAUGAAGUAGUGGUUUCGGUAAUAACCGGACCACAUGACUUGUUUUGGGUAAAGGAGUUUGGUGUCGAGCUUGUGCAAGAGCACCAAGAAAAGAUGAGUACCCAACACAACACCAAAUCAGAUCCUAAUUAUCCAUUUGUUAUCGGUGGAGAUUUGAAGAUGUGGAAGUGCAUACCGGGAAUAUACUGUUGGAAAUGUGCCCUAAAACCAAUCAUAUGAUGAUACUUUACGGACAUUUCAAACUAAUGUAGUUUAAAUGUAAAGGGCAAAGAUUAUUGUUUGAGCCGUCUC